AUGAUGUGUGGUGAUGGAAUAAAUGAUGUUGGAGCUUUGAAGCAGGCACAUAUAGGAGUAGGCUUCCCCAGUGCAAAACCCCUCCCUUCAAAUAGCCAAGUUGUUUCAAUGUGGGCUAGCAACCCAGAUAUGAUAGUUGUUAUAACUACUGAGUUAGGGGAUGCCUCGAUAACAUCAUCAUUUGUGGCAAAGCGUACUUCAGUUGCCUUCAUCACCGACAUAAUUCGUCAAGGUUGCAGUAACCUAGUCAUUAACCUUCAGAUGUUGAAGAUUAUUUUCCUUCAAACUGCCUACUUGAGUGUAAUGUACUUAUAUGGUAUGAAAGAGACUUCUAUUCAAGCUACAAUCCAUGUAGUUUCUGCAACGGCUUUCUUUCAGUUUAUGCAGCAUGCUCUGCCCCUUGGUACCCUCUCAGCUGAGCGUUCUCAUUCCAAUAAAUUGUGCACUUAUGUCUUCCUUUCUGUCCUAGGACAAUUUGGAGUUCACCUUUUGGUCUUGGUAUCUUGUGUGAAAGAUGCUGAAAAUUACAUGCCAGAUGAAUUUAUUGAACAAGAGGACUCCCUCAUGAGUACAGUUUCAUUCAUGGUGUGCAUGAUGAUAUUGGUUGCCACAUAUACUGCGAAUUACAUGGGACAUCCUUUCAAGUUUCAAUCAAAGCAUCUCAGAAAACAAACUAUUCUUGUAUGCUCUCGUGGCUGCUGUUGGUUUAUUCGAAGUUAUAACCUUUGA